CAGCAAAGAGCGGCAGUUUAGAAUGUUUGCUGUUUGCAGGCGGAGAGACUGAGGCAAUUGACUCUUCUCCUCUUCACACUGAGCAGCAGAUACAGCGUGUCGGUGACCAUGGCCGGCCAGUCGGAGGAUCCUUCCCUUGAAAGACACUUUAAAGGCCACAGAGAUACAGUCACUGCCGUGGACUUCAAUGCCAACACAAAGCAACUGGCCAGUGGCUCCAUGGACUCCUGCUUGAUGGUAUGGAACAUGAAAACCCAAAUGAGAGCGUAUCGAUUUGUGGGGCAUAAAGAUGCAAUAUUGUCAGUAGACUUCUCUCCUUCUGGUCACCUUAUUGCGUCCGCAUCCAGAGACAAAACCGUGCGCCUAUGGGUCCCAAGUGUGAAAGGCGAAUCCACUGCAUUCAAGGCCCACACGGGCACUGUACGAAGUGUUAGCUUCUCUGGCGAUGGGCAGUCAUUAGUUACUGCAUCGGAUGACAAGACUAUUAAAGUUUGGACGGUUCAUAGGCAAAAAUUUCUCUUUUCCCUGAAUCAACACAUCAACUGGGUGCGCUGUGCCAAGUUUUCACCCGAUGGAAGACUUAUAGUGUCCGCUAGUGAUGACAAAACUAUCAAAUUAUGGGACAAAACCAGCAGGGAGUGUAUACAAUCAUUUUGUGAACAUGGAGGUUUUGUAAACUUUGUUGAUUUCCACCCAAGUGGCACCUGCAUAGCGGCUGCAGCAACAGACAACACAGUGAAGGUGUGGGAUAUCCGCAUGAAUAAACUGAUCCAGCAUUACCAAGUUCACAGUGGCGUGGUGAAUUCUCUUUCAUUUCAUCCAUCUGGGAAUUACCUGAUCACCGCUUCCAACGACUCAACUCUUAAAGUUCUCGAUUUAUUGGAGGGGAGAUUACUGUACACUCUUCAUGGUCAUCAGGGACCAGUAACUUGUGUGAAGUUCUCUAGAGAAGGAGACUUUUUUGCCUCUGGUGGCUCUGAUGAGCAGGUGAUGGUUUGGAAGACAAACUUUGAUGCUGGCAGCUACCCAGACCUUCUGAAAUACAGACAAAAUGAUACGUUUCCCAGUGGUGGAGACUACACAUCAAUAGUGCAACCUGCAGACGUACAUCAGCCAGCGAUGAAUGCUCACGUAACUCAGGCAGCUGACCUAGAGCCUCACAUCACUGAGAUGUCUGUGAAGGACAGAAGUUCUCCACUUAGUUAUACAUCCCGUUCUGUUGAUCAGCAUCAUCCACAGGCAGAGGAUGGGAACCUUCAAACUGUUGCAAGCACUUUGGAGCAUAUUGUUGGACAAUUAGACAUUCUUACACGAACGGUGGGAAUUUUAGAGCAAAGGCUUUCCCUAACAGAAGACAAAUUGAAAGAAUGCAUUGAGCAGCAGCAGGCAACUGUUCCGCCCAGUCACAGUGGUACAAAAAAGUCAUCAUUUUAACGGGCUGUUCCAGGACUUUCGGUUAUUUUUAUUCAGAUUUUCACUUUUUAUGGAAUAUAUAAUUUUAUUGUAAAUAUUUGAAUGUAUUGUUUUAAUAAAAUGUUUUUGAAUGGA